GGCGGGGCGGGGAGCGGGACCCGCCGCGCCGCUCCCCCGGCUGCGGCCGGCUGGCUUGCUCUUCAAGUGGCGCGCAGUGGGGCUAGCGGCCGGCGAGGAGCGGGGUGGCGGGAGCAAGAGGAGGGCGUGCGGAGCCUGGUGUCCUGUGGCGGGAGCCAGGGUCCUGUCCCUGGGCCCGCGGAGGAGGGCUGGAGGUGGCGGGGCCCGGCGAGGCCGCGAUGAAGCGCGGCAGCGAGGACGCGGCGGCGCCCGCGGGGGACCCCUGGGCGGAGUGCUUCGAGGCGGCCGUGCAGCUGGCGCUGCGCGCGGGACAGAUCAUCAGGAAGGCGCUCACGGAGGAAAAGCGCGUCUCCACGAAGACCUCAGCUGCGGAUCUCGUGACAGAAACAGACCACCUCGUGGAAGAUUUAAUCAUUUCCGAGUUGCGGGAGAGGUUUCCUUCGCACAGGUUCAUUGCAGAGGAGGCUGCGGCCUCCGGGGCCAAGUGCGUGCUCACCCCCAGCCCGACCUGGAUCAUCGACCCCAUCGAUGGCACCUGCAACUUCGUGCACAGAUUCCCCACUGUGGCUGUCAGCAUUGGAUUUGCCGUGCACCAAGAGCUGGAAUUUGGAGUGAUUUACCACUGCACUGAGGAGCGGCUGUACACGGGCCAGAGGGGCCGGGGCGCCUUCUGCAACGGUCAGCGGCUGCAGGUCUCCAAGGAGACAGAUCUCGCCAAGGCCUUGGUUCUGACAGAGAUCGGCCCCCGGCGCGACCCCGCCACUCUGAAGCUGUUCCUGAGCAACAUGGAGCGGCUGCUGCACGCCAGGGCCCACGGGGUCCGAGUGAUCGGAAGCUCCACCUUGGCGCUCUGCCACCUGGCCGCCGGGGCCGCCGACGCCUAUUACCAGUUCGGCCUUCACUGCUGGGACCUGGCAGCUGCCACGGUCAUCAUCAGAGAAGCAGGUGGCAUCGUGAUGGACACCUCAGGUGGGCCCCUCGACCUCAUGUCCUGCAGAGUGGUUGCUGCCGGCACCCCGGAGAUGGCGACGCUUGUGGCGCAGGCCUUGCAAACUAUCCACUAUGGGCGGGACGAUGAGAAGUGACACGGAGCUGCCCUCGCAAAGCAGUGCGGCCCGAGGACCAGGACUCGGCCUUUGGGGGGAGGGCUGCCGUUGGCCUGGCAGCCCGUGAUCUGGGCCAGGCAUCUCAGCUGCUGACCCCAGCUUGCAGCAGGUGGCUGGCCUCUGCAGCCCGCAUCUCCAUCGCUGGGAGUUGGUGUUUGGCCGGGUCCUCUUCUCUGAUCUGACGCAGCCCUUGUCAGGUCAGUGCCCGUCCUUCCGUCAGGGCCAGCGCCCACGUGCCAUAGGAGCCACGCCGCGGCCAGGCCGUGUCGACUCCCCCGUGCACAUCUCAGGUAAUGACGCUUUGGAACUGCUGAUGCAGCGGACUCUUCUCAGGCCUUCCCCGGGUGCUUCGGAAUGCAAUAAAUGAACCCGAUGGCA